AUGGCGUUCAUGAUGCCCGUCGUGAAAAAUGAUUACGAUAUCUACAAGUCGAACCGUUCCCGCAGGACCUCGGAGUGCUCGAACCCACAGUCCUGUCGAAGCCGCAAAGUUUCGGAGUGCUCGAAAUCGGAAGGCCCGAGUCUAUCGACGUCCCCGGGAAGUGAUUUCAUCAUCGGGUCCCCUGCCCACAGGUCGGUUCCCGUAGGAAUGGGCCGACAGUUUUCCCGGAAUUCUUCUAGAACAUCCCAGUCUAGUUUAAUUCAGUCGCCCAUCAAAUCCGCCUCCUCGUCUCCGCCCAAGUCGGGAUCGCAGUCGUCGCUGAAUAAAUUCCAUUCAAGACUUGUGGAUAAACUAAAGAAAUCCCUAGGCCGUCCAACGGCCGACGGUAAGUAA